AAAAAAGGACGCUCAUCGCAUAAAGAGUAACUGAUAAAAUCUGUGUCCCACACGAAGUAAAAUUUCUGUAUUUUUUUAGUAGGGUCGCAAUCGGACAUAUACUGAGGGUGAACAAUGCACCACGUCAAUAAUCCCAUCUCAUCUUCGGUAGCCAAACUCUAGUCACAAGCUUUCCUCUUUCUCCUUAUCUGUCUAGUAUACAAGACCAACAAUCUCAGUUGUGUCUUUCUUCACCAUCACAUAUUCCAAAAUGGCUUCUCUAUCCAUCAAGCACAGUCUUCCUUCUCUGCUCCAAUAUGCUCAAAUCCCUAAAAAUCCUCUCUCUCAGAACCUCAGCAUUGUCUCCAGAUCAUCACAAUCACAGAUUUAUGGUCUUAAACUCCUUAAUCCACCUUCUUUUCCAACCCCAUCUUCUACUAGAACUUCCAUUGUUGCUAAGGUGAAUAAAGGUUCAGUGCCUCCAUCAUUCACAUUAAAAGAUCAAGAUGGAAAAAAUGUGAGCCUCUCCAAGUUUAAAGGCAAGCCCGUGGUGGUUUAUUUCUAUCCUGCUGAUGAAACUCCUGGUUGUACCAAACAGGCAUGUGCCUUCAGGGACUCUUAUGAAAAAUUCAAGAAAGCAGGGGCUCAAGUUGUCGGGAUUAGUGGUGAUGGUCCUGAGUCCCACAAGGCAUUUGCAAAAAAGUAUAGACUCCCAUUUACCUUGUUGUGCGAUGAAGGCAACAAAGUGAGGAAAGAGUGGGGAAUCCCAGGAGACCUUUUUGGUACAUUGCCCGGAAGACAGACUUAUGUUCUUGACAAGAAUGGAGUGGUUCAACUCAUAUACAACAAUCAGUUUCAACCUGAAAAGCAUAUUGAUGAGACAUUGAAGUUACUUCAAAGUCUUUAAACAUCAAGGUUUUCCUUUCUACAUUCAUUUCUUACCUCUAGCCAAUGAUUUCUUGCACUUUUGCUGCCACUAAAUGUGUGCCAAUUGUAUGUGAUCUGAUAAGCUGUGCAACCCCUUUUAUUUAAUAGAUGUCAAAGGAUCUGUUAGUUUAGACUUUAGAGUCAUGCUACAAUAUGUUGUAGAAUGUUGAAUUCGGGUCUCCCGUGAGAGAUAAUUUUGUAUAUGGGCCUUUGCUCAGGUUGUAGUAACUGAAUAAUGGAGAAUGUUCUUCAAUUGCUUUAA